AUGGCGCCGCCACUCUCGCCUCCGCGCCUUCGACCAUGGACGUCGGUGGAGCGGUCGCGCUGGGGGACACACGAUGGCUCGCGCGUGCGCCUCGAGCGACCUCAGUACCUUGAUGCCACGAUGGACGCGAGGGCGAUCGACGGCGCCGCACGUCGCCUUUCUGGGCCGGUGCUGGCACCGCGUGUUGCGCGAGCCGACCCGGUCGGGCUCAUGCGCAUGCGCUCCGCCACCAUCGCCACAGUCCCCGAGCCACGUCGCGUCUGGCCACCGCCGUCGUCGGCGUCCUCGCCCGAGUUGACGCGCGAGUGCCUGCCGUCGCUGCCCGCACUGCCGCAGCUGCCGCCCACUCCGCCACGCACAAGCCUCGGCGACUACUACCUCGCGCACCCCAUCGCCCGUUCCCGCUCCUGA